AUGAUUGCAGGGUUGGCUCUUGUGCUGAUCAGCUCCUUACCUGGGCUACUACAAGCAUCACCCCCUCCUGAAUAUCUGGUGAAGCCCACUUGUACCGACUUCAACUGCGGGAAUUUCACCAUUCCCUACCCGUUUGGUAUGGGAGAGGCCUGUUAUGCCAAUAGCUGGUACUCCAUCAACUGCAACCAUUCAAAACCCUUCUUAAACCAUACCCGCCUCAAUCUGGAAGUGUUGAAUAUAUCACUGGACUACCAAACGGUGACGGUUAACAGUCCCAUAUCUUCGUUGUGUAAAGAUACAAAGGAGGUGAUGACUGAAACGAAGGCAAGCAUCGACUUGAACCAAAGUCCCUUUUCGUUCUCAAGGCUAGACAACAUAUUCAUGGUGUUGGGUCGUUGCGGCGGUGCACGCCUCAUGGACAAAUCCAAUGAAGCCAUGGCAUUGGCAAGUUGUGAAGCGAUAUGCGAGAGUGGUUCUGUUGAUACUAAAAAUUGCUACGGCAUCAACUGUUGCCAGACCACAAUUCCACACGCAAAUAAUUACUUUCGUAACAACUACAGUGUGAAUCUUACGACAGAGAGUAAAGAAACGGGUUGUGUGACACAUGCUCUCAUGGUGGACGGAGACUGGUUUUCUCGCAACUUUUCGAGUCAAGAUGUUAUAAAAAUGGGAUAUGCUCCAUUGGUACUGGCGUGGACGAUAGAAGAGAAUGACGGGUACGCCAGCUCUCGCUGCAACCGCUCUCUACACUAUGACCUUGAUACGGGAACUUAUUCUCGGGAUCCUUGUACCUGCGGAUCGAAGACAGAAGGCAACCCUCACCUCAAAAAUGGAUGUCAAGGUACGCUUCUUUCUUAA